CAGCAAACAUGGCCGCCUCCGUGAGGAAGACAGCGCACGACAUAGAGACGAGACAGCGGACAGAUGACGUGCUGUCGUCUGAGGGCAUCGACUUCAGCUCCCUGCUGCUGUCUCCGGCCGUGCUGCACGGUCUGUCCGCCUCGGGCUUCCAGAAACCCUCCCCGAUCCAGCUCAAAGCCAUCCCGCUGGGCCGCUGCGGACUCGAUUUGAUAGUUCAGGCCAAGUCUGGAACAGGGAAGACCUGUGUGUUCUGCACCAUCGCACUGGACUCUCUGGUUCUGGAGAACCCUGCAACUCAGGUUCUUGUCCUCGCCCCGACGCGUGAGAUCGCAGUCCAGAUCCACUCAGUGGUCAUGGCCAUAGGCUGUGCCAUGGAGGGCCUGCAGUGCCAUGUGUUUAUCGGGGGCAGGCCCGUGAGUCAGGACAAACCCCACCUGAAGAAGUGCCACAUAGCUGUGGGCUCACCUGGUCGCAUCAAGCAGCUUAUCGAGCUGGGCAUGCUGUCCACCGCCAGCAUCAGACUGUUUGUGCUGGAUGAGGCAGAUAAGCUGCUGGAGGAGGGAAGCUUCCAGGAACAGAUAAACUGGAUCUUCUCGUCUCUGCCCGUGAACAAACAGAUGCUUGCUCUUUCUGCAACCUACACAGAAUGCCUUGCUCAGCACCUCACCCGUUACAUGAGAGAGCCCACCUUUGUUAGACUCAAUCCCAGUGACAUGGGCCUCAAAGGUCUGAAGCAGUAUUACAAGCUGGUGAAGUCCCACGCGUUACCUCAUAAGGUAUUUGAAGAGAAGGUGCAGCAUCUGCUGGAGCUGUUCAGUAAAAUCCCAUUCAAUCAGGCCCUGGUGUUCUCCAACCUACACACAAGGGCUCAGCACCUGGCAGACAUCCUGUCCUCUAAAGGCCUACCUGCUGUCUGUAUUUCAGGUGGUUUGACUCAGGACCAGAGGCUGGAGGCAAUGUCAAAGCUGAAGCAGUACCAAUGCAGGGUGCUGAUCUCCACAGACCUGACAUCCAGAGGUAUAGAUGCAGAUAAAGUCAACUUGGUGAUCAAUCUAGAUGUGCCACAGGACUGGGAAACGUACAUGCAUCGGAUUGGACGGGCCGGUCGCUUCGGUACUCAGGGCCUCGCUGUGACCUACUGUUGCCAUGGUGAGGAGGAGAACAAGAUGAUGGCCAUUGCUCAGAAAUGUGGCCUGAGCCUGUCUGCACUGCCAUCCACCAUAGAGCCUGGCCUGAUGGAUGAGCCCUGUGACUGGGAUGUCUGCACUGAAGCUUCUGCUCCUUUGACCCAAGUCUUUCCCAGGAAACAGAAGAAAUCUGUGAAGAGUGAAGCCCCUGUGUCCAGCUCUGUUGAGGAUGAAAGGAAGCCAGAGAAGAUUCAUCCAGCGCCCAGACGAGGAGCACGUAUCGAAGGUAAUCCUAAAAACGUUGCACCUGCGAAAGAUAAUCCACCUCAGGCUGCGCCAACUCGGAAAGAGCUGCAAGACGCUCUGCCAAAGAUCCCUCCACUCAGCUCCUUUAAGAGCUGCAAGUCCAGGUUUGUGACUUUCGAGGAAGCUGAGCGGGACUUUGUGAGCUUCAUCACCACAGGCUUGGGGAGAUCAGUGGAGGUGAUCCGGGAAUUCAGAGGCCGAGAGGAGGACGGAAAUGGUGAUGAGAAGCACAGUGAGUCUGUGACACUUGACGACGACGGAGCUCAAAGUUUAAUACAAAAUAGAAACCGCUGGAAAUCAAACGAGCCGCAUCAACGAUCGGUUUCUGGUUCUUCAAGCUCUUGUGGUUCCCAGUCAGACAUGGAAGAGAGCCUGCAAGAUGAUGAGACUGUAGGAAGUUCAGUUCAGAGCCGGUCAGGUGAACGUGGAGCAAUCAGAGAUCCUGAGAUUGAAGACGAACACGUAUUCCCUGUGCCCAAACCAAAGGCAAGUCUCACUAGCUCCGAAGUUUCCACGUCUCCCAAAACACACCAGACAACCUUUGGAUCAAAUUGGAGAAACGUGUCUCAGUCAGAGGUUGAUGAACCGGUGCCAAGCAUCAGACGUAGCAGGGAAACUAAUCAGUCAGCUCCACUACAGAAUAGUAGAAAGAAAUCAAAGAAGAUGAAAGAAGAGGCUGUGAAGCAGGACAAAAGGCCCUCUGAAAAGAUGGAGACGGGGAAGAGGAGCAUCAGAGAUGAAGGAGAAGAAUAUUACAAAGAAGAAGAAGAGGGUGAGUGGAGUUCUGAAACCUACUGGAGCGACUACUACAGAGCCUGGAAUGAUUAUUACUCCUCCAUGGGUCCUUUUCAAGAGCGUGGCUACCAGAGCUACUACAGUCUAGCUCAGAACUGGAUGGCAGCUUAUCGAAUGAAUGCUGUCUACAUGGAGGAGCUCAUGAAGUACUGACAUUAAUCCCUCAUUAGUGAGCUGUGACGUUUACUGCUCAGCCACCGUCUAGUGUCUGGAGUACAGACCUUUGCACUAAUGUAUUAUUCUAUACUAUAUUUCAGUUAAUUCACAUGUAUAUGGCAAUUCACAAAAUGACUUUUCUAAUAAAUCACCAGUUUGGAGCAUGUGCUUCAGA